AUGCCUCGAAAGGAUAGGGCGUCAGACAAAUCAAAACAGUAUGCGUCUAAUGAUGCAACUGCGUACCCGAGCUCCUGGAGCGAAUGUAAGAGAGACGAUGAAUAUCGACGCUUUGGGCGUUAUCGUUUAGUUGCUGCUGGUAGAAAAGUUCCCUCUUGUACAACACAAUCAAUCGCUGACCUACCUGUUCUCCCAGAACAAUACGAGUGGGAUUUUGAAUAUGACACAGCUUCAGAGACGCAAAAUUUACCUAGGGACCAACCUACUACAGAAAGCUCCCACAACUAUGCCUCGACUUUGCAAGGCUCAGGUUCUCCGAGCUCGUAUGCCUCGACUUCACAAACCCGAUUUAGUUCAGAAUCCUUUCCUUCGAUUCAACCAUAUCAAGCAUCGCCCAAUGCGCAGUCGAUCUUGGAAACGCCUUCCUGCAAUUCAACAGAGUACACCUAUGCCCAAACAUCUCAACUCAGUGAUGCAACAAACGCUAUGCAAGGCAUGACUCUGGAGGAUGAGAAAGACAAGAGUCCUCCAAAAAUGGGCCCGUCAACCUUUUCUCCUUUUCUCAAUUCCCUUCCUUUUUAUUUUGAUGUUUUCUAGUAUUUUUGCUAAUCCCGAAUGCAUUUACUUCUACAUCGGUUAUUAG